AUGUCUUCAGAGUUUUCUAUUGGAGCUAUGACUCCAGAAAUCAAUUUAAGUGAUGCACCUAUCAUUCACAGAAAGUCAUCAAAGUCACACUUCAUUGGUCCAAAGUUAUAUGAAGAUCAAUCAAUUCCUUCACCUCCAUUAUCUCCUUAUCAUAGUGCAGAAUCUUCAGCUGCUGGUGCAGUUCAAGCUCCGGUAUCGCAAACCUCUAACAACAACAACAAUGUUUUGAAAGAACUACAACAAAGACAAUUACUCAACAGUGGUAAUGAAAAAAUCGACACAUUUGUUGUUUUAUCAAAUAAUAAAACUGAACUUGGUGAAUUUCCAAUUGAUAAAUAUGAAAACUAUCAAUUGAAUGUUAAUGCUUGGAGUAAUAUUGGAUCUAAAAACUUCAAGAGAGCUCAAAUCAAUUUCAUCAGAGAAUAUACUAACCGUUCUUCAUCAAAACACAAUGGUCAUAUUUCCAAACUUACAAGAAGAUAUGCACCAAGAAGAAUCAUUAGAUCUGUUUAUGAGAAUGGUAAUGGUAAUGUUUCAUCAUCUGUUGGUUAUAAUAGUGAUUCUGACUAUAACAGUCAAUAUGAAAAGGUUAGAACACGUCGUAUUGCUAGAGAAUCAUCUCAAGCAUUAGAAAAUCCUUCAGAUAUUUCAAGAGUUUCUACACCACCACCAGUUAAAAGAAGAAAACCAGUUUCUUCACCAUCAGUUCCACCAAUGGUUAUUGAUUGGGAAUCAAUUCCUGAUUAUUCACCAGAUACUAAUUUAUUACCAAACAAUAAUAGAUGUUUGAAAGUUGAAUGGAAAGGUCAACCAAUGAGUCUUGCUGAUGAUCCAUUACUUGAUAAAUUACAUCCAGCUGAAGCUACAUUAGCAUCAAUUUUAAGAUUACCAUGUAAUUUGUUCUUGGAUUCUAAAAGAAGAUUAUUUGCAGAAAAAGUUACAAGAAUGAAGAAAGGUUUGCCAUUCAGAAGAACAGAUGCACAAAAAUCAUGUAGAAUUGAUGUUAAUAAAGCAAGUAGAUUAUUUGCAGCAUUUGAAAAAAUUGGUUGGUUACAAGAUGAAAAAUUUGAAAAAUUCAUGUGA